AUCACACGAAGAAGAAGAACGGAAGUGAACAGUGACCAAGAACAAUUUCCACAAUAGCGUUUUUAUUGUUGUUAUGUAGACGUUUAUGAACACCUUGGUACUCAAAAUAUGACUCAUUUAACUACCCAGCAUCACAUACUUACCCAAGAUAGUGUUUAAUUCGCAUCGCAGACAGGAUUUGGUUGAUAGAUUGUAUCUAGGUAACGCUAGCUAGCUGCUAACAAUGGCUAACUGUAUGGUUUUUCACUCUCAAAUAGCCUCCAUUAUGGAGGUACUAGCGAAUACAGCCGUGGCAGACAUCUGUAAACUCGUAGACGACGACUAUGCAGUGUUUCGUUUGGAAAUAACUCAAAGCCAAAAAGAAAACAGGACAUUACGCAGGAAACUACAGCUAUUGGAACAGAAGGUGACACGGGAGCGCACAGAGAGGACAAUGCGAGAGCGCGUCCUCGCCAGUCGUCCCAGUAGUGUCAAGAUCCUCGACCGAUACAGAGGAAUGGCCAGAGGAAAUCUCACUGGAGGCUACAGGAGCUUUGUGAAGCCAGCGGGAGACAAUACAUGGAGAGAUGACCAACCAAUCACUGUUGAUGAGGGGAGUGGAACCUCAACCCAGCACAUUAUCGUGAUAGAGUCUGCAGAUACAGGGGUUACAGGUCCUGGGGUCAAGCAGGAGAAAACUGAAGGAGAGGACUCAAGACACAGCAGAGACAUCCAGAUUGGAUUGACUGGAGCGCCCCCUGUGUCCAGGGAGGACCCCGCUGCCUCGCCUCAGCCCAGGACCCAACACAGCAUCACGGAGGAGGAGGGUCCAGAGGUGCUGCUGGUGAAGGAGGAGGGGUGUGGGGAGGGUCUGGGGAACACUGAGAGGACCAUGGUUAUGGAGGACAACCAGAGUACACCUCCACCUGAACCCACAGAGGAACCAGCUGAACAGCACAGGACCACACACAGUAUCACUGAGUCAGUAGACAUGGAGGAUGGGAAGCCUGAUCUGCUGCUAGUCAAAGAGGAGACAAUAGAGGAUGAACCGGAGAGCAUUGAUCUGCUGAGUGGACUAAAGCUGGGGGAGCAAGGUGGUUGGCUGGAUGCUAACAGAGGAGACUGGGCGGCCUGCUUGGAUUCCCAGAACGGUGCAGCCAAAGGCUUAAGGGACAACAUCACUGAGCAGGCCAGGACCAGAGGCGAUAUAAUAGAGGUCAGUGGAUGGGACAGUGUACUCAACUCCCGGCUGGGGAACACUGUUAACCACAACCAGAAACUGACAGUCGAACACAAAACAACCGAAUUUAGUCUCCAUGAAAACAUACUGGCUGAGACUAGGGCGAGACGUAGAUUUGGACUGCAGGGUCGGGGAGGUGUCCGUAUGCGGCUGGAGAGAACAGACACAGACUCCGCUAGUGAUGCUCCGUCCUGCUCCUAUAGUUGUGAUUCAGAGAGACUGAUGGCACCUCAGGUUAACCCCCUAACAGGUGCUGCCUUCAGUCUGCCUUCUAUAGGAUCUAUCAACUGGAACAUGGACCAUGCGACAACACAGACACUCCCUGGCGCUUGUCCUCCUCACACUCUCCUGUUAAACCAGACCUCAGACAAUGCCAGUGCCUCAACACUAAAUGGCUACACAAGCCCAUUAACAAAUGACAGUAGUGGAGAUGGAAUCUGUAAAGCUGGCAGUGCUAAAGAGAAGCGCUUCCCAUGUUCAUUCUGUGGGAAAGCCUUCAGUUUUCCCAAACAGGUGGAGAUCCACCAGAGGAUGCACACUGGUGAGAAACCAUUCAACUGUACCCAGUGUCAAAUGCGCUUUGCCCGGGCUGGCCACCUGAAGAGCCAUCAGAGAGUCCACACAGGGGAGAAACCCUUCAGCUGCCCCCAGUGUGAGAAGAGGUUCUCCCACCAGCACCAGCUGAAGAGGCACCUGAAGGUCCACACGGGAGAGAGGCCGUUUGCCUGUACGCACUGCGAGAAGAGGUACUCAGAGAGGAGCUACCUCAGGUUACACCUACAAAAAAUGCACACGGCCUGUGUGUAGUUCUAUUUGUUUUUUUUAAACGUUUAUUUAACUAGGCAAGUCAGUUAAGAAUAAAUUCUUAUUUACAAUGACAGCUUACUGGGAAACUGCCUUGUUCAGGGGCAGAAUGACAGUCCUUUUACCUUGUCAGCUCAGGGAUUCGAUCCAGCAACCUUUCGGUUACUGCCCCAACGCUCUAACCACUAGGCUACCUGCCGCACCAAAGUUAGUUUGUUUGUUUGUAGUUCAUUCUGUUGGUUUUGGAUGUAGUAGGGAACUGGAUGAGGUGAACUAAGGAAAGAAUGAGUAUGAUGAGGCAGAGUAGAUGAUAUGGUGAUAGUUGGUGUGAUGGUGUCUGUAAAAAUGCUUCCCUGAUGAAGUGACAACCUUGUACUGUUUGAUGCUGGUGUUUUAUAGUGAGAUAAUGAUAGUGCCUUAAUUCAUGUUUACUUGAAAUUAAGUAGUGAAGCUGUGUGUAAUGUAAUGUUGAACCUUUUCCAAAGUAUUCUAAAAUUAAUUUUAUCAAAGCGAUGUUACCAGAUUUAUAGAAAAGGUCAAGUGUUACCAUAGUGAGAAGUUAUUCUACUUGUGAUUGCUAUUUUGUUUAAAUGAAAUACUAAAUUGACUCUGCUGACUGACUUGGCUAUUUUGUAUCAUUUUUUAAUAUAAAUAUGUAUACAUUUUUUUAUAAUAAACUCCAAUGGCUCCA